UUUAAAUUUGAUACUUUGGUACUCGGUAGAACGACAAUCUGUUAAUUUUGCAAAAACAAAAUACACGUAAAAAACUAACGAAUUAACAAAGCUGGGACCUGAGUUCAAAGGGAUUGGUAAUAAUUAUUUUCAGCUUCCAUUCGGUUGUACUGUGUCGAGCCUGCAGCGGAAGGAGGCAUCGGGCAGCUAAUCAUUGUCAAACUGAGUAAACUUUGUCCCAUUACUGACUUUUGUUUAAGCUCAGCUACACCCCACCACAUCCACUUGAUACGAGAGUUGCCAGGUAAUUUCCACCUUGAGUCUUGAGUACCAGUGAAAAAAUAAAUAAUCAAAUAGUAUGUAAUUUUUUGUCACUAGCUUAUGUGAAAAUUACAAUAAAAAAAUUUACAGAAAAAUUCUUGUAAUAUACAAUUAUAAGUUAUCGAGGAAAAAUUAAAAAAAAAUUAAACAUAUAUUAAUCAAAUAUGCCGAAGGCCAUACAGGGAAAAGAAGUUUUGGAGGCGCUUGCCGAGUUUAAGGAGCCUGUGACCUUGGACGAAAUCGUGCGCUACGUAGCAGAAGUUAGUUCACAGUCAGAAGAUAAAGUGAAGAAAGUUGUUGAGGAGGUCUUGAGUGGUGGAGUGCGGUAUGGGUUUGUGCAGAAGCACAACGAGUUUUAUUAUCGAGUUUGCGACGCUGUUGAUGCUAUGGACGACAGCUCCGAAAUGGAUGAGGAUGACGAAGUCGAUAGUGCGGAGAGCUUAGAGAGUAUGGACAGUGGUGAUGUACCUCCUGAGCCGAAAUCAAAAAAGGGCACAGAGACAAGGCCAGCUAAUGCACGUUCGCCAUCGCGAAAGGUGUCGAAAUCAAAAAAAAAUAAUAAAUACGAAAAGGAUCGUAAAGGUAAAACCACAAGAGAUGUUCUCAGCGAAGAAGAAGAAGAGGAAGAAGAAAACGUCCACGACGAACACCGACAUAGACGGUCCCAUAAGUGUUACAGCGACUGCAACAGUUUUCACCGAAGACAGUCGGUUGACGACUAUGGAUAUUUACGAGCUCGGAGUCGCUCGGCUUCACGCCGUCGAUAGAGCAGUGCUGCCCAGCAAGCGUAUGAGCAAAAUCGCGCUAGGUUAUUUGUUGUCGUAUGAGUCAAGCUAGUUUACCAUACUAAAAAUUGUCUGUGAAUUGUAAAAUUUAUAGUAGAAAAUAGAAAAUAUGCAAUUUGAUUGAUUUAACGAAGA